CACUGCUGAGAUUUGCGAGCGCGGGUGAGGAGCUGUCAAAGUUUUCCCCCAAGUCGAGCAAUCCUUGAGCAUUUUAAAAACCCGUAAAGGAGAGCCCUUAUACUAUGGAGUGAAGAUCGAAAGGUUUCAAACAGAAGAAAUGGCAGGAUUAACUGAGAUUGGAUUCGUUUUUACCUUACUGCUUUCAAUGAGCUUGUGUGCAACGCCGGAAAAGAAAGUAUGUCAGGGAGCAAAUAACAAACUGACAAAGCUGGGUACUGUAGAUGACCAUUAUAAGAUACUAGUGAAGAUGUACAGCAACUGCACAGUGGUUCUGGAAAACCUGGAGAUCACAUACAUGACAGAAAAACAUGACUUGUCCUUUCUCAGGAGCAUCCAAGAAGUUGGCGGCUACGUUCUCAUUGCGAUGAACACGGCCCCCAGUAUCCCACUUGAGAAUCUGUGCAUCAUCCGUGGCCACUCUCUUUAUAAUGACAAACAUGCCCUUGCUGUCCUGCAAAACUUCAACACCAGGACUGGACAAGGCGUCAACCAGUUGCCACUGACUAACUUAACUGAAAUCCUGAAGGGUGGAGUAAACUUUACCAGCAACAAUAAUUUAUGUAACGUGGAGACCAUCCAGUGGACUGACAUUCUCAAUAUGAGGAGACUUCCUAAAAUUGAAGAACCGAUACCAAGCCCUGAAAGACACUGUAUGAAGUGUGACCCGAGCUGUUACAAUGGUUCCUGUUGGGCUCCUGGCCCCCAAAACUGCCAAAGAAUGACUAAGGUGAUCUGUGCGGAGCAGUGCUCUGGGAGGUGUAAGGGAGAGAAACCCAUUGACUGCUGUAAUGAGCACUGUGCUGCUGGCUGCAGUGGACCCAAACCAACAGACUGCCUGGCUUGUAAGGACUUCCAGGAUGAAGGAACAUGUAAGGAUGCAUGUUCACGUCUCAUGCUCUAUGACCCCAACACCCACCAGCUUGCUCCCAACCCAGAUGGGAAAUACAGCUUUGGGGCAACUUGUGUCAAGAAAUGCCCACAUAACUAUGUUGUGACAGACCAUGGGGCAUGUGUGAGAUCAUGCAGUUUUGGCACCUCUGAAGUGGAUGAGGGUGGAGUUCGCAAAUGCAAGAAGUGUGAUGGCCUGUGUCCAAAAGUUUGCAUUGGGCUGGGAAUGGGGCCCCUGACCAGUGUCCUGUCAAUCAAUGCCAGCAACAUCGACUCCUUUGAGAACUGCACAAAAAUCAGUGGAGAUGUCGCAAUCCUCACCACAACAUUUAAUGGUGACAAACAUACUAAAACUCCAGAAAUGGACCCUGCCAAGCUCAACAUAUUCAAAACUGUGAAAGAAAUCACUGGCUACCUGAUGAUUCAGACCUGGCCGAAAAGCAUGUUGUCCCUGAGCCCCUUUGAAAACCUGGAGGUCAUCCGUGGACGCUCCAAACUGCAUAGUACGUUCAGCUUUGCUGUCACCAAGACCUCCAUCUCAUACCUCGGCCUGCACUCUCUGAGGGAGAUCAGUGAUGGUGAUGUGGCUAUCAGUCACAACCAGCAUCUUUGCUAUACGAGUCCUGACCACUGGACUCGCCUCUUCAAAUCCAAACAACAGACCGUCAAAAUGUCAUCUAAUGCUGAUGCUGCCACAUGUGCCAAUCAGAACAGCACCUGUGAUGAGAUGUGUACGUCUGAUGGUUGUUGGGGUCCUGGCCCCACUAUGUGUUUCACCUGUAAACAUUACAGCCAUAAAAAUCGCUGUGUGGCCUCGUGCAACCUGCUGACUAGUGAGCCACGUGAAUAUGAGGUCAAUAAAACAUGCGUUGAAUGUGAUCCUGAGUGUCUGCUUAUGAAUGACACCCUGACCUGCUCUGGCCCUGGACCUGACAAAUGUACGGUGUGUGCCAACUACAAAGAUGGACCACACUGUGUAACACGCUGUCCACAGGGCAUACCAGGAGAGAAAGACAUACUCAUUUGGAAAUACGCUGAUGAGAUGAGGGUUUGCCAGCCCUGCCACGAGAACUGCACCCAAGGAUGUACCGGACCUGAUCUGAAAGACUGCAAAGAUUUCAAAGGUUCGGGCUUGUCCAUGAUUGCCGCUGGUGUAGUUGGAGGUCUGCUGGCUUUUGUUAUCCUGGGUCUAGGAGUGGCUGUUCUACUGCGCAGACGACACAUCAAACGGAAGAGAACCCUACGACGACUCCUGCAAGAAAGAGAGCUGGUGGAGCCUCUGACCCCCAGUGGCGAAGCCCCCAACCAAGCCUUGCUGCGCAUCCUCAAAGAGACCGAGUUCAAAAAGAUCAAAGUGCUUGGCUCUGGAGCUUUCGGCACUGUGUAUAAGGGUUUGUGGGUUCCAGAGGGAGAGAAUGUGAAGAUCCCUGUUGCCAUUAAGGUCUUACGAGAGGCCACGUCUUCUAAAGCAAACAAGGAGAUUUUGGAUGAGGCCUAUGUGAUGGCCAGCGUUGAGCAUCCUCAUGUAUGUCGUCUGCUCGGCAUCUGCCUGACCUCCACCGUCCAGCUCAUCACCCAGUUGAUGCCCUACGGCUGUUUAUUGGACUACGUCAGAGAGAACAAGGACAACAUUGGUUCUCAAUACCUGCUCAACUGGUGUGUGCAGAUUGCUAAGGGUAUGAACUAUCUAGAAGAGCGCCAUCUUGUGCACAGGGACCUGGCGGCUCGUAAUGUGCUGGUGAAGACCCCUCAUCAUGUUAAGAUCACUGAUUUUGGCCUGACCAAGCUGUUAAGUGCCGAUGAGAAGGAGUAUCACGCAGAUGGUGGAAAGGUGCCAAUAAAAUGGAUGGCUCUUGAAUCCAUCCUACACAGAACAUACACCCACCAGAGUGAUGUCUGGAGCUAUGGUGUGACAGUCUGGGAGCUGAUGACAUUUGGAACAAAGCCCUAUGAUGGCAUUCCUGCGAGUGAGAUUGCAGAGGUUCUGGAGAAAGGAGAAAGACUUCCUCAGCCUCCUAUCUGCACCAUUGAUGUCUACAUGAUCAUGGUCAAAUGUUGGAUGAUCGAUGCAGAGAGCAGGCCUCGCUUCAGGGAGCUCAUUGCAGAGUUUUCCAAAAUGGCACGGGACCCGCCCCGCUAUCUUGUCAUUCAGAGUGAUGAUCGGAUGCAUUUACCCAGUCCCUCUGACUCAAAGUUCUACUGCAGUCUGAUGAGUAGCGAGCUGGAAGAAGCCGUGGAUGCAGACGAGUAUUUAGUGCCAAAUCACAGCUUUUUCAGCAGCCCCAGCACCUCCCGCACACAGCUUCUACACUCUGUGAGUCUCAACAGCAGCAUUGGGAACUGUCAGAGCAGAAAUAGGAAUGGCUUUCCGGAAAGAGAUAACAGCAUGGUUUUGCGAUACAUCCCAGAUCCGACUGAACCUUUCCAGGAGGGAGACUUCCAGCCUUCUCCAGAAUACAUAAACCAGAAGGGCUCACUGAUGUCCAACGUGACCAACCCGAUAUACCAGCACCCAGGGCCCCCGCACAUGCUUCCACACUUUUCAUCGACACUGGAUGAAACAGAGGAAGAGUACCUGAACUGCUUCAAGAGCCCUGCCCCUUCUGCUGCCUUUCCACCGGAUUAUCUCAACACCUCCAACACCCAGUCGUGCUUCAGUAUGGAGAGCUUCAAGCCCCAGAACAGCAUUGACAACCCAGACUACCAGCAGGACUUCUGCCCCCUGGAGCUCAAAACACACACCAAUGGUCACUUGCCGGCAGCAGAAAACGCAGAAUAUAUGGGCCUGGAAGUGCACUAGCACCUUAUGGAGAGGAGAAAUUGUUCAAAUGAGCCACUUUAGUUAAAAGAUGGAAGGACAUCUAUUUAUAGUAGGGGCACAGGCAAUUAUAUAGAAUGUGGACCAUCGAGAGCAGCGUAAGCUUUUGAAUGUCUUGGUUACCUUUCAAAUACCCUUGUCUCUUUCUGAGCUAGACUUAGAUGCCAAUAUGGUUGCAUUGAGCAUGUGACCCUAUCCAUAUGUCACAAAAGACUGUAAGUGACUACAGGAGACAAAUUGUAUGUUGAUGCCAGAAGAAAUACUGAAAGUAUGGAACAAGUAGCUUGCCGACACUCCUGUGUAAAGACUGCUUUUUAAGUAAUCUGAUAUGAGUCAAAACAAUUGAGGUUUUUAAUGAGCAAAAUAAUGUACUUCAUGCUAGUGUGCUGUGCUCAACAGUGUCUGUAACUAUAAAACACGACUUUAAAGUCUUGUAAGCUGAACUGUUUAAUGACCCUCUGCUGUGAAUGAAAGUCAAAUUGUGUAAAGAUUUAACUCCCAUUUUUUUGCUGGAAAUGUUGGCUGUAUGGAUAGAAUCCAUUUUGUCCAUUAAACUAACACACAGCUGGUACAUGUAUAGAACUGUAAUAUAUGGCUGACAUCUUAUUGUAUCUAAAAGAGUAUUUUAUCCAUUGUUGUAAAAACCACUCAUAUUUUCUGUUUGUAAAUUUGGCCAUGUGUUUUCUCCUUUCUGUGACUUUUGUAAUAUUAAAAUGAAUUUUACUUAAGUGACAAAGCAUAUCAUGAUCACUUUAUACUAUUGCGACCAUUUUGCACAGUUCUGAGUAACUUGGUUGAAUAUCACAUCUUUCUUGCUUUGAUCAUUCCUAGGAAAGCACUUUCAUUUACUGUUGCAGUACGGUGGCAAAGUCUUUUUUCGCCUGUCGUGUUGACUUUUAUUAUUACUAUAAGAAGUCAAUUCAAUAAAGAUAUUUUUGUUAUUAAA